GAUGGCGGCGGCCGCGGUCGGAGUCUCCUUGAGGCGCGGAGUCCCCGCACGGCUCCUGCGGGCCGGGCCGCGGGCGGUGCUCCGUGAGGCGCAGACGGCGGCGGCGGCGCCGCGGCUGAAGAAAUUCGCCAUCUACAGAUGGGACCCCGACAAGGCUGGGGACAAACCCCGCAUGCAGACCUACGAGGUGGACCUGAACAAGUGUGGGCCCAUGGUGCUCGAUGCCCUGAUCAAGAUCAAGAACGAGGUGGACUCCACGCUGACCUUCCGCAGGUCCUGCAGGGAGGGGAUCUGCGGCUCCUGCGCCAUGAACAUCGCCGGGGGCAACACCCUGGCCUGCAUCAAGAAAAUCGACAGCGACCUCAACAAAGUCACCAAAAUCUACCCCCUGCCCCACAUGUACGUGGUGAAGGACCUGGUGCCGGACCUGAGUAACUUCUACGCCCAGUACAAAUCCAUUGAGCCCUACCUGAAGAAGAAGGACGAGUCCAAGGAGGGCAAGGAGCAGUACCUGCAGUCCAUCGAGGACCGCCAGAAACUGGACGGGCUCUACGAGUGCAUCCUGUGCGCCUGCUGCAGCACCAGCUGUCCCAGCUACUGGUGGAACGGUGACAAGUACCUGGGCCCCGCCGUGCUCAUGCAGGCGUACCGCUGGAUGAUCGACUCCCGCGAUGACUUCACGGAGGAGCGGCUGGCGCAGCUGCAGGAUCCGUUCUCGCUCUACCGCUGCCACACCAUCAUGAACUGCACCCGCACCUGCCCCAAGGGGCUGAACCCCGGCAAAGCCAUCGCCGAGAUCAAGAAGAUGAUGGCGACCUACAAGCAGAAGGCAGCGGCUGCAUGACCCCGGAGUAACCCCGGAGUAACCCCGGAGUGACCCUGGAGUGACCCCAGUGACCCCAGUGACCUCACAGCCGGACAGCUCCAGCAGGGCGUUACUUGCAAUAAAGGCUCUAAAGAACA